UAGGGAAGGGCGGGGAUCGUGCCAGACACCCGGAGUCCGUGACUCUCCGGCUGCACGUCCCAAGAAACUCUCGCGGCCGUGGAGCGGGAGAGGGGGAUCUGGCCCGCCCGAAGCAAGUCAUCUCCCCGAUCGCUGUGGCUGCGCGUCGCCAAAGCGUCCUGCCGCCGAAAGGCAAAAAGCCCCCAUGGCUGGGGAGGGGGACUUGCUUCCCAGUGUAGGAGCCCCCCCUCGAUCUCCUAGGCGGCAGCACCUGUAGAGCACGAGGCGAUCGAGUCCAUUGCCUCUCCCUCCACCCUCCCGCAACCUCCCCACGGCUCCGCAGAGCGAAUCGAAGUCGUGCAUGUGCUCGUGUCUCUUGCAAGGCGCUGCUUUUUUUUUGCCACGCCCGGGUUUGCAGGACGCUGCCGAGCUGCUGGUGCCGCCGCCGCUCCUGCUGAUCAGCAUUCGGGGGGCGAUAGGGGCAAGCGAUCGGGCGAUCGGGACGUGCCCGCCGGCUGGCCACCUCCGCGCACCAUGAGGCGAAGAGCGAGCGAGCAGCCGAGCCCAGCGGCGGGGAGCGCCUCGGGUUGCCUUGGGAUUUUGCCACACUGAAAAAGGCUGGGCGGCGUCGUCGUGGUGGUGGAGACCCAAAACAAGCGGGGAAACCCUUUAAUCCGGAUCGGUUGCUACGGAGCGGACUCUCCGCCGGGAUCGUGGGGAGGAAAGGCUCUCUGUCUCUCUCUCUCCCCCUCCAAUGCCUCGCUUGCGUCGCCCCCGGGAAGGCGCGCAACAAAUGGCAGCCAGGUCUGUGAUCCGGGCUGCGGUAGCAGCAGCAGCGACUCCCAGGUGAGGCGCAAAGGCUCGGCAAGCUGCAGCUUUCCAUGCCCGCCUGCGCCUCGCCUUCCACGCCGCCUGAGUCACCCCGCUGCACCCGACCUCCCGCCCAUAAGAUAUGAGAUGGCACCAUGUGAUUCAUUCAGCAAGAUCUCUUUCUACCUCUUUGUCAGAAAAAAGCAGCACCCUAUGAGGAUAUCAUCAGAUAAGAGGCUACCUGGCAACUUCCAAGGCUUCUCACCAAAAACAUCAAAGCUACGAUAAGUUGGCAGGAAUGUUCUUUCGAAAGGAAAACCGACCAUGAGGAAGCCCGCGCAUUAACACAUUCUUGAGCAACGUCGCCGAAGAGGAUGAGAUUUUUGUGCCUGAGACCCUUUGCCACCACUGUUGGGUAAAUGAGAAGUGGCUGUGUGAUUAUGCUGACAUCCCAGCAUGCAUCUGGUCGACCUGUGGUUAACUCGCUCCCUCUCCAUGUGUCUGCUCUUACAAAGCUUUGUCCUCAUGAUACUGUGCUUUCAUUCUGCCAGUAUGUGCCCCAAAGGUUGCCUUUGUUCCCAUUCUGGAGGUUUGAAUGUCAGUUGCAGCAAUGCAAACCUCAAGGAAAUACCCCGGGAUCUCCCUCCUGAAACUGUCUUACUUUACCUGGACUCCAAUCAGAUCACCUCCAUCCCAAAUGAAAUCUUCAAGGACUUGCACCAGUUGAAAGUCCUCAACUUAUCCAAGAACAUCAUCGAAUUCAUCGACGAACACUCCUUCAAAGGGGUGGCCGAAACCUUGCAGAUGUUGGACUUGUCGGACAACCGGAUUAAAAGCGUGCACAAAAACGCGUUCAACAACUUAAAGGCCAGGGCUAGGAUUGCAAACAAUCCCUGGCACUGCGAUUGCACUCUGCAGCAGGUCUUGAGGAGCAUGGCCUCCAACCACGAAACGGCCAACAGCAUCAUCUGCAAGACUUCGGAAAUCGACGAACACGCCGGGAGGCCGUUCCUCAACGCUGCCGACGCCGACCUCUGCAACCUCCCUAAAAAGACUACUGAUUAUGCUAUGCUAGUCACCAUGUUUGGCUGGUUCACCAUGGUGAUUUCCUACGUCGUUUACUACGUGCGGCAAAAUCAGGAGGAUGCGCGCAGGCACCUCGAGUACUUGAAAUCCCUACCAAGCAGGCAAAAGAAGCCAGAGGAAGCAGAUGACAUAAGCACUGUCGUAUAGUGCCCCGGGUUCAGUGAUUGGCUACGAGGUGGAAAUUAGGUGUGCAUAGCACGGACGCCAGGUGUUUACUUCUAACAUUCGUUGUAAACCUGUAAGACUUCUCCCGCCCCGCCCCCCCCCAUUAAGCUGAAUUAUACCACUGUCAAAACUUUCUAACAAAAAGAUUUCUGUUUGGGGUGAUAACAGUACACCUUUAUUGUUUUCUCUGGUGGUAUUCCAAACAAAGUAAAACUAAUAUGUAAACAUUAGUUUAGACCCAUUCCACUCUUUAAUAAUGAAAUUUAUUUUUUUAAUUUGAAACCAAAUAAAAGCUUAACUUUGAACCAUGUAAAUACAGGCUGAUUUAUUGA